GGGCAGGAAGGGGAGGAGGAGGAGGGCCAGGGCUGGCCUUUGCCAAGGGCUGAGGGGGCGCUGGAGGAAGGCAAGCAAGCAAGCCGCCUAGUGUUCCCUGGCCCUCCUGUUGCUUUCCCAGCCCGCUCCUGGGCUCCAGCUGUUGGGCUGGGAAGGAAGGGGCUUCCCUCUCCAAAGGGAGCCAUGCCCCUGGCGGGGAAGCUGAGGGCCCCCUGCUCCUGCUCCUGCUCCCGGGCAGAGGACCAGCUGCCCAUCCUGGAGAGGGAGGGAGGCGGAGAGGGCAAAGGGCCAGGCCAGGCCAGGGCCUUGGGGGCCUCCCAGAAGGGGGCUGUGGGUCAAGAAGAAGGGGCCCAGCUCCCCAGGCCUCCAGAGCCCGAGCGCAAGGGCAAGAAGCGCAGGAGGAAGCUCCGGAAAUAUGGCAAGCUGCUGAGUAUGCCUAAGGCUGCUGAGAUGACUACCAACUGGGGGGAUGAAUGUGGGCAAGGCACUACAAAAAGGCUGCCGUUACCUGGUCCUCGGCCUGCAGGGAUUAGCCAAUGCCUAUUCAUCCCCACUUGGAGUGGCCGUUUCAGUAGCGACAGCUUUCCGUUAGACCUCAGCUGAAGAACCUGGCAUUGAAGGACAAGGCAGUAUCUCCUGCUCUCACACACUUUGUCUUCGGAUAUUACUUCAGCUCAGUAAUAAGGAAAAGAAAUAGAUCACAUUGAACAUUUCGGGCAUAAGCUGAUAUACUCUGUUUUAAAGAAACUAUUCUUUCUGUUUGUAUACUGGAACAUCAGAUUGACAGAACAAGUGAGACCAAAGGUUUGAUUAGCUUUGAUUAGUUGUGCCAGGUUUAGAAAAUACAGUACUUUUGAGCAUAGCAGGCAUAGGCACACAGUCUGCACACAUUCUCUCUCACAAAAGCUAUGGUGGAAGAAGAGGAAAGUAAGUAAGUCAGAGAAAGAGGCAAGAGUAAGGAAGGAAAGAGAGAUAUACAAUAAAAAGAGAAAGAAAUAGAAGACAGAAACGUUUGGCAUUUUCCCCCUAGCAAGGCAUCAUGACAAUCUAGCAUUCAUCAGAUACAGUCAUUUUCAGCACUGCCUCUCCUUAGUAUGAACAGCUGUAUCAGUAGGUUGUAUGUUAAAACAAAGGAGCACGGCCAGAAACAAGCAAGACAAAAGAUGCAGGAUCUGAAAGGGAAAUAGAUUGGCAAAAUAAGAACUUGGCGUUAUAAGAGAUUGUAUUAAAAUGUUCACAUAAUAUGCAUCUUAUCUCCAGCAUGAGUCCGUUAUAGAUACUUUGGAGCCUGGUGAAACAACCACAGGGAAGGUUUACCAGAUUCUAUGAAUGGUAGUUUCCAUUUCUCUGAGGAAAACAUUGAAGGGAACAUUUUUGCCAGAAGUAACUUCUCCCCUCGGGAUGCAUUCAGAUGAUGACAAAAGUACCAGCAUGGCGUAGUGGUUUGAGUGUUGGCUUACAGUGAUGGAGACCAGGGUUCAAAUCCCCACUCAGCCAUGGAAACCUGUUGUGUGACCUUGGUCAAGUCAUACUCUCUCAGCCUGAGAGGAAA